AUGUCCAGUAACCUUCAGCCAGAAACUGAUUUGAUGUAUGAAAAUGAGAAUGAUAAAAAUGAGGUUGAUGGAAUACUGUGCCUGGCUGACAUUCUUACUGAUAACACCCAUUCAGAAGCCACUCAUGCAGAAGCAGCGGCAGUAAUUGCACAGAUCACAUCUCCACAUCUCACAUUCACUCAACAUCUCAGCAGCUUUCUGGAAAAUAUGGAAGAAAUUGUAACAGCGCUUAUUAAACUGUGCCAAGAAGCCUCAUCUGGUGAAGUUUUCCUGCUGGCUUCAGCAGCUCUUGCCAAUAUUACUUUCUUUGAUACCAUGGCUUGUGAAAUGUUGCUUCAGCUAAAUGCUAUGAAGAUUCUUUUAGCAGCAUGUUCAGACAAACACAUAGUGGAUACUCCAUAUUCCCGAGAUCAGGUGGUAACAAUAUUGGCAAACAUGUCUGUCUUGGACCAAUGUGCUUCAGAAAUCGUUCAAGGAAAUGGUGUUCAACUUUUAAUGGAAAUGCUCUUUGAGAGGUCAUCUUCAGGAAAUUCAGCAGAAGUUGCCGCUUGUGAGCGAGUUCAACAGAAAUCUGCAGUUACACUGGCACGACUCAGCCGGGAUCCUGAAGUGGCAGAUGCAGCUGUAAAACUCAGCUGUAUUCCUCGCCUAAUUAAACUUUGCAGAUCACCAACUGAAAGAAAUAACAGCGAUUCUGUUUUAGUAGCAUGCCUGGCAGCCUUAAGAAGACUAGCAGUUAUGAGUCCUGAUCGACUUGAAGAUUCAGAUUUUCAGCAGCUAGUAAAGCCCAGGCUUGUGGAUUCCUUCCUACUAUGCACAAAUAUGGAAGAGAGCUUUGUAUAAAUGUGAGCCAAAAGCAAGCUAUUAUUUGAAAAACAAUCAAGAUAAUACUUACAUAAUGAGAUGGUACAUACUCAGUUUUACUUAGAUGUAGUCCUAUUGUUAUUUAUUACUUAUUUAUUUUAAAACCAUGAUCAUGUGGCUUGUGGACAAAAGAAAUAGAAUAAGCAAACUUAUUUCUGUGGUUUGUAAAGGUAAAUUUUAAAAAAAGCAAAACAACAACACAAAAACUUCCUAUACUAAGGCAUAUUAGGAUAUUUUGUCAUUGCAGCCUGACAAUUAUUGUCAUGUUUAGUAGAACUGAAAGAAGGUAUAGAAGCCAAGGAUUUGGUGCUCUUAUUUUAUAUGCUUGUAAUGAUGUCCUAUUGCUGAUAUUUUUCUGUAGUUGGGACAUUUUUCAGUUUCUUUAGCAAAUGCAUUAGUCUAUUGCAUUUGUUGCAUCAAAAGAGAAAUGAUCCUUAAGGCUGUAAAUGUAUUCUUUAAAAUGAAUGGGAUGUUACCAUCUAAGUCCAGUUCCUUAUUGUUCUAUCUUUUAAUAGAGUUCUAAAGAUAUGUAAAUGAGUUUUUUUCAGUAAAUUUUUCAAAUAUUAGCUUGGCAUUAUGUUAGAGGGCAUUUCUAAGCUGUAUGAAGAUGUGCUUCAUCAGAAGAUAUGUAAAUAUAGACAACUUUUAUUUGCAUAUAAAGAAAUUAAAAGACUUAUGAAAAGUCUUCAUGAAAUCAAACCUAUAAUCUAUGUGAGAUUUAGGAUCAUUACACAUUAAUAAUCUUCCCACCUUUCCAAGCUUUCCAAGAAGUGGAAGUGAGUAUAUACAGCCAUGUUUUUAAUACUCAGUUUUUACUACUUCUACAAAAAAUUUUGCUUGUGUACAUUAAAUAAUUAGAACAGGUAAUUGCAACUUGAAUUUCCAUUUUCUUUUUUUUUUUUUUAAGUCUAGUCCUGUAUUUAUAAAGCUGUGAAAAAAGGACUUCCAAGAACUCCUGGAGUUGAUACAAGGUAGUUUUACCAGUAGCUUACAGGAAAAAGAAUAGAGUUGAUUUUAAAAAUAGAUUUAUCUUUUUCUUUUCAUCAAGAAGCUAUAUGCAUUUACAAUCAAGAAGCUAUAUUGCAUUUACUGGCAAUAUCCUGAGUGUUUUUCACCCCAGCAUCGCGCAAAACAUUCUGUAAGUUAUGAAAGUAUAUGUAAUUUUUUCUUGAUGAUUUGCAUCCAUUGCUCUGGAUCAUUUUGUGAUUGAAAACUUUACAGUGCUAGGACAUAUGCCAAAUAAAUAAGUACACUUCUUUAUUGUGCUUACUUCAUAGAUAUCUUAAGCAACUUAAUUCAUUAAAGUUUAUUUAGUAUUAUGUGUAUUAUGUGGUUUUUAGAUGACAGGCACCAGGAAAUUGCUAAGCCGUGUUUGCCUUCCACAUUUUCUUUGUCUGAAGAAUCUCCCUUGCUUCAGGCAGUGACAAAUGGUGACCACUUUUUCUUAUAUUCUAGAAUAUAUGUUCUAAGACGUCUUUGCCUUAAUACUUUUUCAAAGGAAGUUUUAAAAACAUUAAAAGACACACAAGAAUGUCUUAAGCAACUGUUCAAAGAUAAACAGUGGAUCAGAUGUUUCACAGAUGUGAUUUUCUAGUAAGAGAAGAGAUGAAUUCUACUUUGUGUGCAUACUUUGAGGCAGCUCCUUAAGUGUAUGACAUUAAGACAUAUUGUACUGCACAGCUUUCAAGUUAUUAUGCAAGUGACUGACAAUAUUUUCUUCACAUAGCAGAAAUGUGUGCAUGCUUUAAACAGCAGAAUCAAUAUUCUUCAUGUAAAACAAUGAACUCAAAACUCAUAGUAGGACCUUAUGUUCAUUUCUUAUGUUGAUAACCUCUAACAGAAUACAAUCUGUCAAAACCUGUCGCUUAACGCUGUACUGAGCAUCAUUCUGUUAACUGCAGCUAACAUCAGAAACUAUUCAUUUGUCCCAUAAUAGAUGAUGUUAAAAUCUCAUGAAAAAGAAAACAAAUAAUUGUGGGGCAUGUACAUUCAGAAAAGGGCAGAGAUGAUCUCAUGAUUAUGGCAAUGGAGUUGUACAGUAAAACUGGGAGCUCCAAAUCCAAUUUACACUGAAAUUACUCAGGAAAGUAGCAGUAGACUAUAGAUGGUUAGUGCAAAUGUAACAGUCUCUCUUGUGGAAAGUAUGAUCAGAAUCAUAAAACCAGGGAAAUUUCAGUGCUUCCAAGGCAAAAGGAUUGAUUCCUAGGCCUUCAGCAGUGCAGCUCAACUGUAAGUUAGUAGCAUGCUUGUGUGUAUAUAUAUAUAGACACAGCUAUGUGUGUAUGUAUACAUUUAUCCCUUAAUCUCCUUUUUUUAUAUUGAGGUUGUUAUGAAAGUAUUUUAUAUAUGUGUUUAUGUACAUAAAAAUAAUUUGAGAGCACAAUCAAAUGUAGCAGAAAAAAUAUAACUUGGCUGCAAUUGGAAUUCAGAACAGUGCUUUUCAGUAUUUUUUUUUCUUUCAGUAAUGUCAGUCUUUGAAAACAGAAAAACAAAAUGAAUAUAUUAGACAUGGGCAUGGCAUCAGUUCUCAUGCCAAUCCAUCCUGCAGCCUGAGGCAAGGAUGUAAAAGCUCUGUAACAACCUGAUUAUUGUUCUUGUGAGACCUGACUUCUGCUGAUGAUAAUAGUGAAUAUAAUAGCACUGUUCUUGAUUGUGUCUUACCUACGCAGGAAAUGUUCAUUCAAUUGAAAGUUCAAUUAGAAAUUAAUGAAAAGAAAUAAUCAUGGAUAGUUUAUAGCAAUCUGUUCUGUAAAACUCUUUACAAGAUAUAUUGCUGUAAUCAAAAAGACGUUAUAUUUCCAGUAUAGUGUCAAGUAAUUUACUGUCCACAUAUGUAAAGUAAAUUAAUGUAGCUAUUAAGAAUAUACCAUUAUGACCCAUUUCAACAUUUUCAAGCCAUUUCAAACUGGUCUCAAACAAAUAUUCAGUGAGCAGGCCAGUAGGAACAAAGAAGUUGACUUUGCUCUCAGGUACAACAAUGUGAAUCCAGAUUAAUUGACUUUACUACAAAUACUCUGUCUGUAAGUAAGUAGCCAUAAUUCUGAGCCCACAUUGUCUGUUUAUUUGUAUUCAUAUUGUAAAUGUGGCUGUUUACAGAAAGAAAAUACACUUGAAUCUCAUAUUUGUAGUUGAAAAAUAUCCAUUGAAAGAACCAGUUCAGAACCGCUGUGCACUUUAUUUUUAUAUACGCUAGAGUUUAUGGAAAAAUAGUCAUCCUGCUUCCUUUCUUCUUCAUUCAUUAAGAAUUUAAAAGUCAUUAAAAAUAUGAAAUAUGAAAUAUUCUUUUCUUUGGCUGAGUUUUGGAUCACAAGUGUUUGCUUUGACGGUUUUCAGUUUUUUAAUUUUUAAAGUGAAUAUUUUAAGGCAAAAUAAAAAUGCUUAAUGUCAAUGUAGUAUGAAACAAAAUAUUUCAUGUCAAGAAUUUCACUUAAGUAUGCUGUUUGGUUUAUGAAAAUUAGGGCUCUCUGUAUAUAUUUAGUUAGCAGAGUAAGGUAGAAAGCAUCUGUAAUACCUAUACAUAUCCAUAUAUGUGGACUCAUUACUCUAUAGAGAAUGCAUGCAAGUUAGAUAUUAGCUUAGUCAUUCUGGAAACUGAAUGUUAUAAUUGCUGGAAUUGUUUUAAUUUCUUCUAAAUUGUUCUGAAAAUUUUAGUUUUUGUAUGCUUCUAGAAAUGUUGGACAAGUAUGCGGUGGACUGAGGAAUUCUUAGUAAAUGAUUUAUGUUCCAAUGGCUUUGGACAGUGUGUUCAAUUUCUGGCUUUAGCUUGAACUGUUUAAAGAUAUAUGCAGCCCAGACAUUUUAUUUGUAGAAUAUUUUUUUUCUUGGAUUUUUUUUUGUGUGUGUUUAAUACAUGAAUCAUUUAUGUGGUAUGUUACUUGU